UUCAGGUUUAAACUAUUUAUAUCGUUUCAAACGACACAUAAUUCAUUUUUGUCGUUUCUUUAAUCGACCCAUUUUGGUUUCAAAACGGUUUUGCUUGGUUCGAUUUGUAUACGAUUUUUCAUAUUGAUUGCAUUUCAUUAAUAAGUUGAGGUCAUUUUUUUCUUAUAGAUUAAUAUGCAUAUUGAUUCUAACUUGGAUAUUUCAAUCGAGUCCGACGUUAAUAUGGUGAAUAAUUUAUAUGAUACCGUUUAUAAUGGCUUAAUAUGGUUGAUUUCAUUGAAUAUGUAUGUUUGGUUGGGGAUAAUCUUUAUCAUUGCUGUGGUGAUGGGUUUUGCGUUCAUUAGGGAGGAAUUGGGGUAUGGUCAUCCCCUUUUCAAUACCGUCAUUCCCCAGAUUGAUAAUACUAAACAAAGUAAAUUCAAAUUUAGAUAUAGAACUUCAAUUGCAACUAUUUGUUUACCAGGGACAAUCAAACAGAAAUUAUUAGCCAUCCAUAACAGUGGAUUUGAUGGUGUUGAACUUAUGUUUAAUGAUUUGAAUGAGAUUGAUCCUCAUGAAUUAAAACAAUAUGCUGAUUCAUUAAAUUUGAAAAUCGUAUUGCUUCAACCGAUUCGUAAUCUUGAAGGAUGGGAUGAUGAAGUGAUUUUCGAACAAAAAUUACAUGAACUAGAACAGGUUUUUCAAACUAUGCAAAUUUUAAAUACGAAUGUCUUAUUGAUUUGUUCCAAUGUUGAUACUCAAUCCAGUGGUGAUUUCCCAUUAAUUAUUCGUCAAUUGAAACAAGCUAGUAAACUAGCCCAAAAGUAUGGUAUUAAAUUAGCCUUUGAGAAUUUAAGUUGGGGGAUUUACAUCAAGACAUUUGAUGAAUUGAUUAACACAGUAUGUAAAGUUGAUGAGGAUAAUUUUGGGAUUUGUAUUGAUUCAUUUCAUAUCAAUAUGUAUCAAUCAAAGAUUAAUCAACAUAAUCUUACCAAUAAGAUAUUUAUUGUUCAAUUUUGUGAUGGAGGAAGUAAUAUAUCUCAGUUACCCACCACUUCAGAUAAAGAUCGAUAUGAGUUAGUGGAGUAUGCUAGAAGGUUUCGAUAUUUCCCGGGUCAAGGCGGAUUCACUGAUUUAUUAGAACAAUAUCGUCAUUUACAAACUUCAAAUUAUACAGGAUAUAUCAGUUUAGAAGUUUUCAAUCACGACUUUCAUCAAUUCAAAGGAGAUAUACAGUAUAUUUCCGACGAUGGCUUUAGAAGUUUAAUAUGGUUAGAAAUUGAAGAUUUAUUACAAAACAAACCAUUUAAGAUUAAAGGUAUUGAGGUGAACAAUAGAAGUUGGAAACCUAAAUUACUGACGCGUCCUAUUUUUAAUCACGAAGAAGAAGCUGAAGGUAUAUGUUCUGGUUUGCAAUUGAAUUGUUUAAAAGAUAUAACCAUCAUUGCAGAAGAUGCAGAUUAUUUGAAUUUACGAUUAAAAUAUUUGAAGUAUGAUAAUUUUUUAAUUGCAAAUAAUAUUAUAAUUAAAAAUGAUGCAGGCGGCGCAAACGAAAUUUUUAGCCACCACCAAAUAAGACAAGAACAAGGUGAACCAGAACUUCAAGUUACGAAAAAUCAACUGAUAAUGCCCAUUGUUUUAAAAGUUUUAAAUCGCACAGAAUACAAUAGGCUAAUGUUGUUUUGUUCUGUUGGAUUAAAAUUACAAAAAUUACAUGAAGAAUUCCGCCAAGAUUAUUCUUUUAAUUUACCAGUAAAUACAUCUUUUGGUUAUAAAAGACAUGGUUUGAAGUCUAUCACAAAAUUCGAUAAAGGCGGUAAUUACGAAUUGAUUGGCAACAACGACACCAUCAACAAUCUUGACGACAUUAAUUAUACAAUCAUAACAAUCUCAAUUACGUGAUGUACAGAAUGAUUGAUUCUCUUUUUGGAGGAGGGGUUGGGGGGUUGACGGAUUUUUAUUUUUCUCUUACCUUUCAAUUACGUUGAUUAAAGUUAUUGCUUUUCUUUUUUCUUCUAAUUAUUAUUUUAUAUUGACGUAGUUAAUUUGCAUUAGAUUGUUUAAAGUUGAAGUUUUUAUAUUUAUUUUUUAUAAAUUUGUAGCAAUUAUUAUCAAUAUCUGAUCAUUAUCGUAUCCCUGAAUUAUAACUUUUAUUUUUCAAUUAUAAAUUUAUUAUUUAAUGCACUAUGCAACAGGGAAAGUUUAAAAGAUUUUUUUUUUUUUAUUUUGAUGAUUUUUCUUUUUCGGUUUUAUUUUUUUUUAAUUUUUUUUUUUGGUUUAUUUUAUUUUCUGAACAGCCUUUUCCCCACAUACAGAUUCUAGAAGGCAAAAACAUUUAUCCUAAAUGAAAGUAUAAGCGUGUAUGUACUUAUUUAGUUUAUAGUCGAAAUCAAAGGCGACU